AUGGUCCCACAAACAAGAUCGGGAUCAUUCUCUCCACAUCCUUCACAGACACUGCAGACAGGAAUCGGGCACUUGCCCCUUCAGUCACAAUCCGCUGCAUUGAGUGCAGGCGCAAGUCCAAGUACUAGCAGUCCGACAGGGCCCAAUCCCGUGGUCAAGAUCGCCGUUGCCCAGGUUUAUCUCCUCCUGGGAGCUAUCAAGGAAGACAAGGACCGAGCUAAGUGGGAGACACAAGCAGAACAACUACAGAAGCUCAUCGAUGAACACGGAAUGGAGGUUUUCUCGAAGUAUUUCACGCGCCUUGUCGCGGCCCAUGCCACCCAUAUCUUUCAUGGCCAACCACGGUCUGGGGGCAAUGGAAACUUUCAUCUGCUCAUGAAUGAGAUGAAGAAAAUUUCGCAUGAUAUCAGCCAGGCUAACAAAAUUGCCGAGUCCAUCGAGACAGGGACAGAAGACAUAUUUCGUGACUUCGACAUGUCCACCUUUAUGGAAGCUUUCAAACUAGAUGCCCUCGAAAAGACAAUACUCGCCUUGGCUUUCAAAAUGGGAUCACGAUCCGACCUCAAGACCAAAGCUGAUGCUAUAUUGUCGACCAAUUUCCCUACGUUCAUCAAUAUUCUCAACCAGCGUGAUCACGAGGAUCACACAGAUUUGUCGGAUUCUUUCGUUGCCAUCCUCGUCGAUCGCUUCAUCCAGUACCAGCCACCGAAUUUGAACGCUGCGGCUAAGGCUGAACUUGCCUACAAAGUACAGGCAAGGUGGCAUGAUACCCAAGCGCCACCGCCAUCCGAAGUCCUUGCAGCUCUCGAUCUUAUGCGGGUACUAGCUGAUAAACCUCCAAACGCAUUAGCUACCUACAUCCAAAGAGUCGGCGUCGAUUUCACCAGAGACAUAGAGGUGUGCGUCUCGUAUCUGCAGAACCGGCCCCAAAGUAUUCAACUAAGUGAGGAGCAAGUGUCUAUUGCCCUCACCUACAGCACAAUAAGUCAGACUCCGCAAUAUGAUCCCUCAACCCUGUCCGCUGCCCUUAGACGGUUUCUACAUCUAUACAACGCCUUACUGCCAAUCGCGCAGGAUGACCCAAGUUUCGAUAUCCAGAAGCUGUGGGGUGGCAAUUGGGAGCACCCAGAGACACAGCUCUCAUUCAUAUGCGCCUUUGCCUCCCUUCAGCCCGAUCAAUUGGACGCUAGCUCUAUACCCGGUUUGGUACCAACGCUCACCCUUGAGACAUACGCGCAAUCACCCCCAGAGGUUCAGCAACGGGCAGCGUUCGCAGUCAAGCAUGCGUUAGUAUCUGUUGAGGCGUUGUCGGCAGUGUUCCAUGUUGCACUCCACUCGGUCCACGCGUCGCAAAGCGUAGAAGCAAAGCCUAGCUGGGCUCGUCGCAAUGCCGAGAGAAGCAACGAGAUUGCGCGAUCAUUACUUCAAUUCCUGCUUAUCAAGGCCAACCUUGAGUUGCAGUACCAGCGCCCCCCGGAUGGUCAACCUUCUGUCAAGUCCAGUACGACCCUUCAAGUUAGAACUGUGGCCGCUUUUUUGCAGAUAUUGGAGGACUUUCUGCCAAAGACUCCACUUCAGGACCUCAUCAUGGUCCAACGGUCCUGUAUCACCGUUUAUCCAAGAUUAAUCAACUAUGGCGAGGGCUUUGACGACAUCAUCGAUGCCAAUGGUAAGGAUGGCAAUGCUUUACCUAGUGCAGCCAACAGCAAGAUGGAAGAACAUUACAAGAAGAUGUACGGCGACGAAAUUCAAGUACGUAACAUUGUUGAGAUCCUGGACCGCUACAAGCACUCCCGUGAUCCAUUGGAUCAAGACGUCUUCGCUUGCAUGAUACAUGGCUUGUUCGACGAGUACGCCCAUUAUGUUGAUUACCCUCUUGAAGCUCUCGCGACAACUGCGGUGCUCUUUGGAGGCAUCAUCUCUCACAAACUAAUCUCCGACUUACCGCUCAAAAUUGGGCUCGGCAUGAUCUUGGAAGCUGUCAGAGACUAUUUGCCAGAGGAUUCAAUGUACAAAUUUGGGCUGCAGGCGUUGAUGCAGCUCUUCUCUCGUUUUCGAGAAUGGCCCGGCUUUUGUCGGCAGCUGUUACAAAUUCCUGGCUUGCAAGGCACCGAGGCGUGGAAAAAGGCAGAAGAUGUUGUCCGAGAUCAUGAAGAGGAAGUCUCUCGAUCACGCAAUGGCAUAGGAGCACCCUCACACGGAUCUUCAUUCAACGCUGAACCCCUCACGAACGGCAACAACAACAACGAUGGGAGGACUACAGAACGCCAGCCACCCUCUUUUACGUCUAUCAAUGCUGCUGAGCGCUUAUCUGGCGUUGAUUUCGAAGAACCCUCAAGCGACACACAGGGCAAAAUUCAGUUCGUUUUGAACAAUUUGACCGAGACAACUCUGCAGACAAUGUGUCAGGAACUACGGGAGAUACUUGAAAAGCGUCACCAGCAAUGGUUCGCUAGCCAUCUUGUUGAAGAGCGAGCAAAAAUGCAGCCAAACUAUCAUCAGGUAUACCUUGAGCUAGUCAAGCUCUUUGAGGACAAGGUCCUCUGGGGUGAAGUUUUGCGAGAGACAUAUCUCAGUGUUGCACGUAUGCUCAACUCCGAGGCAACGAUGCAAAACUCGACCGAAAGAUCCCAUCUGAAAAAUCUCGGCGGUUGGCUAGGACUUCUGACUCUUGCUCGUGAUAAGCCAAUCAAGCAUAAACACAUUGCCUUCAAACAGCUUCUUAUCGAGGCUCACGAUACGAAGCGGCUGAUUGUCGUUAUUCCCUUUGUGUGCAAGGUCCUAAUCCAAGGCGCUACCUCGACUGUUUUCCGACCGCCUAAUCCUUGGCUUAUGGAUAUUAUUCACCUGCUCAUCGAAUUAUACCACCACGCCGAACUAAAACUGAACCUCAAAUUCGAGAUAGAAGUUUUGUGCAAGGGCCUCAAUCUAGAUCACAAAAGCAUCGAACCUUCUGGAGAGAUCCUCAAUCGUGCGGCUAUUGAAGAGACUCAAGAGCUCUUGCCGCAAGAAACCCUAGAACCUUUUGAAAACUUAACCCUCAAUGGAAUUGCUGCCGGCGUCACUGCUGGUCUUUCACCUCAGGUUGCUGCAGCCUCGAUACCAGAUCUGGGACCUCUCAUUCAUAUUCCUCCUACAAACGAGAUGGUAGUCACAGCUACGCGCCUGCAUGAGAUCGUACGCACCGCCCUUACGCGGGCCCUGCAGGACAUCAUACAGCCUGUGGUCGACCGUUCAGUCACUAUUGCUGCUAUCUCUACGCAGCAGAUGAUCCACAAGGAUUUCGCCACUGAGCCGGACGAAAACAGAGUGAGAACGUCAGCUGUUAACAUGGUCAAAGCCACAGCUGGCAGUUUGGCCUUAGUGACAUCGAAGGAACCUUUAAGAGCUAACUUCACAAAUUACAUGCGAAAUUUGUCGAACGAUCUCCCACAAGGUCUUCCUGAAGGCACAAUAAUCAUGUGCGUCAACUCAAACCUCGACCUCGCUUGUAACAUCAUCGAGAAACAGGCUGAGGAGAGAGCUAUUCCAGAGAUUGAGGAAAUGAUUGAACCCGAGCUGGAGGCGCGACGUCGUCAUAGGUUGCAACGGCCCAACGAGCCGUACGUUGAUGCCUCCCUUAGUCGAUGGGCAUGGACUAUCCCCAACCCCUUUAAGUUGUCUCCCAGUAUGGGCGGCUUGAACCCAGAGCAGAUGGCUAUCUACGAUGACUUUGCACGCCAGCCCCGAACGAGCACUUCUAAUGCACCAUCUCAUGUCCCAUCAGCCUCAGAUGCGACUCGCUCACUUGCCAACGAGGUUCUGCAAGACCAAUUCUCCGCUGUGCCUACCCUAGGUUCAUCCUCAGAAGUACCAGCAGUCCAGCAUCUCAACACCCAGCUUCAACAAUAUGCCGGCGUCCACAGUGGCGGAAUGGCAAGUGGGAGACCUCAGGCAUUCCAAAUGGAUGGUAGGGCGUUGGUCGAGCGUGUGCAAAAGCUGCUCAUAGAGCUUCAGCGUGUGGCGACUGAGGCACGUGAGGAACAUUUUACAGAGCUUCCCAGACCCCAUCCCGUUCUUGAUGUUGUAGACGCCUUAGUGCAACACAUGAUCAAAGCCUCUCAAUCUUCCGAGGAAUUUGCGAUCUAUGCCGCCGACCAGAUCAUUCAGCUUAUAUUCAAUCAAGUUGAAGACAACCUGGCGCUGGAGAGCUUGGUACAUGUCCUUGAGACGCUGAGGAAGAUCUCUGGUCCGACGCUUAACAAUCGGGUCACAGCUUUAUUCCGUCAGCAGCCUGGGAAUAACUUUCUUCAUUUACCUUUGCUAGCAGCGUUACUACGUACCGAUCUAUUGGACUGGAGGAAUAUCGACAUGUCGAUGGCCAAGGCACUGCAGCAAAGAAAGGAAGGAUCUCUGGAUUUCUUGGAGCAGAUGAUUGAUUUGACACUGCUUGGCAACCGCCCGCUGGUGCUCUACGGAGACUUCGUCCGAACGCUGGAAGCUGCCUGGGUCUGGAUUCAGGACGAACCAGACUCGGUAGUUGGACAACGUGUGAAGGCCAAGCUUUCCGGCCAAACACUGCCCCAAAAUGCUCAGCAAGAGGGCGGCAUUGCGUUCCAACAGGAUCAGAUGGAGUACGUUUUCGACGAAUGGAUUCAUCUUUGUAACAACACCAAUGCAUCGGAGACGUCCACCGUCAUGUUUGUACGGCAGAUGCAGGCUCGGGGUGUCGUUAAAAGCAAGGAUGAUCUAUUCCUAUUCAUCAGAGUCGCGACAGACAUGUCGGUUGAUCGAUUUGAGCACAUUGUUCACUCCACUGGAACGCUGACCGAUGCCUUCCUAGCAGUUGAUGCUCUGGCAAAACUGAUCAACAUCUUCAUUAGGCUACAUGGAGGUCCAGAGUCAUCAGUGACGUCAAGCCGAGCAGUCUAUCUGGACUCGAUUCUGGCACUAGUUACUCUGGUGCUUAACCAUCACCAUGUCAAACGUGCUGAACAUUUCAACCAGAGGGUUUUCCAUCGGCUGUUGUCAGUACUGCUCUACGAAAUCCAUUCUACAGCAGAACAGCUGCCGGAAACUGAGAGGUUGGAACUUUAUCUCAAGUUCGCAGCCAGGCUCGCAGAUCUUGGACCACAACAUCUGCCGGGUUUCGUUUUUGGGUGGUUGUCUCUCAUUCAGCACCGAGUAUUCCUCCCAAGUCUUCUGAAGGAGCGAACCGGUUGGGCUGCGUUUUCUAAGCUUCUUCAGCUGCUCUUGGAACACAUUGGGGAACAAGUCAAGGCAGUUGAGCCCUCUAACGUGGCACGAGAGAUCUACCGUGCCACGCUCAAGCUGCUCGUGAUCUUGCAGCAUGAUUAUUCCGAGUACCUCUCUGCGCAUUCGCACCAACUCACAGUUAGCGUCCCGCCUCACUGCAAGCAGCUCAUCAACGCAAUCCUGACAGCCAACCCCGCUGCUCACCCCAAGAUAACAGAUCCUUUGUUUUCAGGUCCACAGGGGGGUCGUAUGGAUGAAGUGCGGGAGUCACCUGAAAGCUUUGACAACUCAACAACCGUAUUACAAGAUUGUGGCCUGCUUGAAGUGCUUGAACAUGCCUUACAAAACGGUCCAUCGGAGGAUACCUUGGCACAUAUUACUCGAGCCAUAGUUGAGAGUCAGCGCACCGAGACCGGUUUCGGUUACGUGCCAAUCCAUGCCAACCUUCGUGUUAUUGAGGCUGUUACCCUUCAUGUGGGAAACCAUGCCGUGGAGCAAGCGACGGCGAAGGGAACUGAUGUUUUCAACCCUGCCUCCUCGGAUGUGGCUGUCAUGUCAUUGUUGCUUCACGAGCUACCUCCUGAGGCCCGUUACUACCUGAUUACCAGCAUAACUAAUCAGCUUCGAUUUCCUAAUGCACAUACAACUUACUUCAGCCGGGUCCUUUUGGAGAUCUUUGGCCAGGACAUGAGCGAUCCAGAAGAAACAGAUAUACGUCAACAGAUUACCCGAGUGCUUUGGGAACGCCUCAUCGGAUACUGGCCCCAACCAUGGGGGCUGAUGGUGACAGUUGUCGAGUUGCUCAAGAAUGAAAAGUACAUGUUCUUUGACCUCCCAUUCGUAAAAUCAAACCCAGAGAAUGAUCUCCAAGAGCUCCUCCGCCUCAUUACAGCCCGGAAAGUGCCCAUGAUGACAGCCAUGAGCCAAGUGAAGGCACUUCAAGGCGUGAACCUGCGCAGUAUUCAGCAAAUUGCCGACGCUCAGCCAGAUGUCAUUGAAAGGGCGCUUGGGAAUUCUAAGACGGCUAAGUCUCUGCAAUCAUCCUGCAAAUCCUAUUUGAAACUGCCAAACAGUAAGCGUGAGGGGGACUCUACUUCAAACAAUCCCAGCGCAAAACGUUUAAGAACAGCUCAGUAUGCCGACACUAGUACUGAGCACAAGUCUCAGAGCGUAAAAGAGCAAGAAGGUGCUUUGGCUCUCCCUCUUGUGACGGAUGAGGAUGAAAUAGCAAGAGCUUCUAUUUACAUAAAUCGCGCCCCUUUGAUGCUCGCAUUCGGAGUCGAACUUCUAAGGUUCACGAUGCCUCAACAGCCCCUAUCCAGUCGUCUCAGCCUCGCUCAAGCUGUGGUUAGCGCCAACUCCAUAUCCAAAGCUGCAAUCCUUGGACUGGACAGCGUCCUUCGCGAUGAUAUAUCCUGGAAUGAGGGGCAGCCAAAGGUAACCGUCAUGGGUAGAAGCAUUGCUGUCCUCAAACGGGGAGACUUUGACAAUCAGCCUGAGGGUUGUAUGACGGCUCCGACUACCCCGCCACAGGUCAAUGAGAAUAGUAUUGUUCCUGGUCGUUCCCAGUGGACCAGUAGCAAACAAAUCACGUACAAAUCUUCAACCUUCGUUGCGAGAGUCUCCUCUCUGGAGCACCCAAAUGACGCUGCAGCGCUCAUUCGGUCGCUAUUUUCGUGUGAGCCACACCUCCGAACGGCAACUCAUAACGCCUGGGGUUACCGGGUCAAGUCUGAAGUUCAUAGUGAUAGCAUUGGCGGAGGGGUACAAGAGGUGCGGGAAGAUUACAGGGAUGAUGGCGAGAGGGGGUGUGGCGAAUUUAUCCUACGACUUAUGAAAGAGGCCAAUGUGGUUGGGGCCGUAGUUGUGGUCACUAGAUGGUUCGGUGUCAGGCUGGAUGCCACGACACUGCCUUGUGGGCUCUCGACCGACAGCACCAGAGUGAAACUCCGCGAGGACAGGCGAGUAGCUCCCGAGACUUGA